GAUGAUAAUCCAAAUUUAUUUAGGUAUACUGAUGAAGAAUCUAAUGAUAAUAAUAAUUCAACUAUUUCUCAAAAUAUAAACUAUGCAGUAUCUAAGUUAUCAAGUCAAGAGAAAUCUAAUUUAUCAGAUUUGGAUAUUAUAGCAUCUACAUCUUUAUUAGAAAAAAAUUAUAAAACCUGUCAAGUAAUUGUGAAAUAUAUUCAAAAAUUACCUGAUAUUUUAUGGUAUCUAAAUUAUUCCAAAGAUUUUGAUUAUAUUUUGGAUAGAUUAUUAAAUAUUGAAUACUUUUUAAAUUUGCGUCAACAUCAUAAUGCUUAUUUAAGUAAAAAGCUUGAAUGCAAAAAAGUUUUAUUGGAAAAUAUCAAUGAAAACAAUAGUAAAGUUGACAUUAAUAAAGCAAGAAAAAAUAAUAAUAAAGUAUUUGGAAAGCAAAACUCUCCAGAGCAUCUUUCAUAUGCUAAUGUAACUGCUAUUUUUCUAUUACAAACUGAUUCUUAUGUAAUAGCUAUGUUUGAUAAUACACUUUGUAUUGAUCAAAUCAUUGCUAUAUAUGAAUAA